ACGCCGCUGCGCUUCCAUUCCAUUCCAGACCCGUCGACAGACCGCGCGGACUGUGUAGCGUGUCGCGGGAGAGAAGCCCAAAGCUUUGGCGGAGCCAUGGCGGAGGGAACGGGAGCGACGGCGGCUUCAGGGUCGGCAGCGGGCAAGAUGACGAUGGUGGUCGGGGUGGACGAGAGCGAGCACAGCUACUACGCGCUGCAGUGGACGCUCCUCCACUUCUUCUCCCCGGGCCAGCAGCAGCAGUACCGCCUCGUCGUCGUCACGGCCAAGCCCACCGCCGCGUCCGCCGUCGGCCUCGCCGGACCAGGUGCCGCGGACGUGCUGCCGUUCGUUGAGGCGGACCUGAAGCGGAGCUCGCUGCGCGUCAUCGACAAGGCCAAGGAGCUCUGCGCGCAUGUGAGCGAUGCUGUCUUUGAAGUGGUGGAAGGGGAUGCGAGGAACGUCCUCUGCGAGGCGGUGGAAAGGCAUCACGCAGAGAUGUUGGUCGUGGGCAACCAUGGCUACGGAGCAAUCAAAAGGGCUGUUCUCGGAAGUGUGAGCGAUUACUGCACCCACCACGCGCACUGCACUGUGAUGAUUGUGAAGAAACCAAAGCACAAGCACUGAGCAAUGCCCAGCCUUGACUCUUCGCUGAACCCAGUUUGUGCAUCUUUGUGAAUUUGUGCAUCUUUGUGAAUAAAUGGAUCGCAGAUGUCAGAGUUCGCAACUUCAGAAGUUCAGAGUGGUGAACUCCUGCAAGUAGCAAACAAUAUCCUAGUACAUGCUACAUGUGGAUUCUUGAUGGAUAUGGUGAAUAACUGAUGAUGUGCCUCAUCAGAACAGUGUUAUUUGUUAUGCAGAUGCAUCAAUUGCACGAAUCCUGUAUGUGUAUGUAAUCAAGACUGCAAGUUCCUUGCAGUGGACACGUGUGUUUGCUUCUUAUCGAAGUGUGAUUUGUAAA